AUGAUCCAGAGGGUGCCGGUGUCUGACUCUGCUGUGUACUACUGUGCUCUGAGAUCCACGGUGACAACAUGAUAUACAGUCCCCUUACAAAAACACUGUAUGUGUGCACGUGGGUGUGUUCAGUACUUUGUGUUGUGUGCCGUUUUUUAAGGGGAGGUGUUAUGUUAGCAGGGGUAGGUGUUAUGUUAGCAGGGCUGUACACCUCACACAGUGACACACAUAAUAACAUUUCAGAGGAGGGUGAAUGCCUGCAAACAUCAAUCUGAAGAUGCAGAAAUCUGUCAGUGUAUUGAUCAUUCUGAUUAUGAUUACAGAUAAACAAUACCUAAAUAUUUGAACUCUUUGCAUCCUUAUAAUCAGAUUAUUACAUUAUGGUAUUGGUAGUAAAACAUAUUUUGAUGAAGCAAAGUAAUUGAAAUAUGAAAAAUAAGCAUGUGUUUUCAAUCAGCUUUAUUAUCUAUGUUUCCUCUACAGGAAUGGUAUCUGGAGAUUACUUCUGACAAGGAGGAGUACACCCCCACUGAGGGAUCAUCAGUGUCUCUGAGCUGUACAUAUGAAACAAGCAGCAGUAACAUCUACCUUUACUGGUACCAACAAUACCCUAACCAGGCACCUCAGUACCUACUGUAUAAAGGUGACAGAUCAUCGAUAUGA